CGUAAAUCGAGCUUGAGAUGAUCUAUACGAUUGAGCGGGAAAUGGAUCCUAUAGUAUCGUCGGCUUUGUGGGUCGUUGACUCGGUGAAUACGGGGAUGGCUUUCUGCCCUCCGUCUCUAUCUUAGAGAUCUAACCUUAUCUUGUUACCAUGUCUUCGGGUAGCACUACCGAGAUCGAGUCGGGAAGCUUCUCAGGGGCCAAAGGAGUUGAAGGGACCGAUGAGAAGACCAUUGGGACUCCUGUUGAAAAUAAGAAUCAACCAACUCAUCAUGAAUUCCCAGAAGGCGGUUUAAAGGCCUGGCUGGUUGUUUUUGGAUGCUGGUGCACAUCGUUUGCAUCUUUUGGCUAUGUUAAUUCUUUUGGAGUCUACGAAACAUACUACCUGCAGACAUUUCUGUCUGAUCGUUCGCCGUCGGACGUUGCUUGGAUCGGCGCUAUUCAAGCGUUUGCACAGUUCUCGGCAGCCAUCGUUGCCGGUCCAAUCGCUGAUCGACACGGGGCUCUGGUUAUUAUCUGGCCAUGCUCCAUCCUUCUCGUUGUUGCUAUGAUGCUCACGAGCCUCUGCACCGAGUUCUACCAGUUCAUCCUUUGUCAAGGAAUCUUUCUAGGCUUCUCAUCCGGCCUCAUAUUUACCCCCUCAGUAUCAAUCAUGGGACAUUAUUUCCACAAGAGACGUCCUAUAGCUAUCGCUAUUGCCACCACUGGCUCUCCUCUUGGAGGAAUCAUCUACCCGGUUAUCAUGACAAAUCUGCUAAGAAACAAAAAUGUUGGAUUUCCGUGGGGCCAGCGCGUGUGUGGUUUCUUGACCCUGUUUCUGCUCGCUAUUUCAGCAGUCACCAUCCGCCCAACAUCAUUAAGGAGAAAGGGAGCUCUGUUUCUUUCGGAGGCAUUCAGAAUUCCCGCUUUCUCUCUACAAGUUGCGGCCUUGUUCAUGGUCAUCUUGGGGCUUUGGACCCCUUAUUUUUACCUGGCAGAUUAUGGUUCUGCACAUGGAAUGUCCGAGAAUCUAGCAUCAUAUCUAUUCGCCAUAAUUAAUGCAGGCUCUCUCAUGGGUCGACUAUUUGCUGGCGCCGUUGCUCGGAAACUCGGCCAGUUUAACAUCAUUGCUGUUGCUUGUUACGCUUCGGCAAUAUUGCUAUUUUGUUGGCUCAAGAUCACUUCAUCGGCAGGAUUAAUCGUCCUGGCUAUAUUAUUUGGCGCUACAAGCGGUAGUGUUAUUGCCCUGAUGAUGUCUACUCUUGCCCAAACGGCAGAUCACCCAAGCAAGAUUGGAACGUAUCUAGGAAUGUCUACCUUCCUCAUCGGAUUCGGUGGUUUGGCUGGCACACCAAUCACUGGAGCUCUGAUUGAUAAAUAUCAGGGCUACUCUCAGGGUAUUAUUUUCAGCGGCGCUGUCCUUAUGGCCGGCGCUGUGCUCCUCACUUGUGCCCGAUUUGCAUUCUCCAAAGACAAGCUCAUUGUAUAGAUCUGUUAAUUCUUUGUUAAUCUCAAGGACUCAUAUGCAUCGAAGCCUUUUUUGCGAAAGAAUUUUUCGUUCUCACAACCUUCGUCUUAAUAUUCAAAUCCAGAACAAACCAAAGUACAACUUUAAUAGUCAGCUUCGCAGCAGCGCUAAUAGCCGCCGAACCUCCUUUCAUCUGCCCGUAUGGUUCCACUGAGAGCGGGGCCGCGGCA